ACUUCACCCUUAAACCACAACUCCACACCACUUUGUCACCGGUGCUUUGGGUUUAAGUGGAUUUACAACUACUCAACCAAACUCAAUAUAACUUUUUACUGAGGAUAGUUUAGAGCUAAAGAAAAAGAAAAAAAGCCUAAAAAAUAAUAUGGGAAAAGAAAACAUUAGUUUUUUGACAGUUUGGAUACUUUUGGGAAAAAUCUUUGCAACUUUUUCUUCAGAUCCCGAAGCCACCAACACAACUGUUUUUGUAAACACCUCAGUCACCGCUGCUCCUCUGCCAACCACCACUGAAUGGAUCACAGAUUAUACUGACAUUGUGUCCAAGUUCUCCCUGCGCUCCGCGGAUAUCCCAGAUGAUGACAUGUGCCACAUCGUGCCCGGCAGGCCAGAAACCAUCAAAGAGUGUGAAUUCAACGCAGAAGCACAGAGCUUUAUUAUAAUACACGGAUGGACGGUAACAGGGAUGUUUGAGAGCUGGGUGCCCAAGCUGGUUUCUGCUCUGUAUGAGCGUGAACCAAAUGCUAACGUGAUCGUGGUGGACUGGCUGACCCGUGCCAGCCAGCACUACCCAACCUCUGCAGCUUACACCAAGCUAGUGGGCCGUGAUGUUGCCAAGUUUGUCACCUGGUUACAGAAAGAGCUGCAGUUGCCUUGGGAAAGGAUUCAUCUUCUUGGUUAUAGUCUAGGAGCACAUGUGGCUGGAGUUGCUGGAGACCUUACUGACCAUAAGAUCAGCAGGAUCACAGGUCUGGAUCCUGCUGGUCCAACCUUUGAGAAUGCUGAUGACCAAAGCACUCUGUCCCGAGGCGAUGCCCAGUUUGUGGAUGUCCUGCACACCAACACCAGGGGCUCCCCAGACCGUAGCAUUGGCAUCCAGAGACCUGUGGGUCACAUUGACAUUUACCCCAAUGGAGGCACCUUCCAGCCGGGUUGUGGCAUCCAGAAUACCUUGCUGGGGAUUGCAUUAGAAGGGAUCAAGGGGCUUCAAAAUAUGGACCAGCUUGUCAAAUGUUCCCACGAACGCUCCAUCCAUUUGUUCAUUGAUUCUCUGGUGAACACCCAUUACCAGAGCAUGGCCUAUCGCUGCAACUCUAAAGAAGCCUUUAACAAGGGUAUGUGCCUCAGCUGCAGGAAGAACCGCUGUAACAUGCUCGGCUACAACGUCAAUAAGGUGCGCACGGCCCGCAGCACAAAGAUGUACCUCAAGACCCGUGACAUGAUGCCUUACAAAGUUUUCCACUACCAAGUCAAAGCCCACUUCUUUAGCAAGGACAAGCUGAGCUUCACGGAGCAGCCAAUGAAGAUUUCACUGUAUGGAACUCACGGAGAGAAGGAGGACAUUUCUUUUGUCCUACCAAUUUUGGAUGGUAACACCACCUUUUCCUUCCUCAUCACCACUGAUGUGGACAUCGGUGAUCUGAUGAUUGUGAACCUGCGCUGGGAGAAGGAUACGCUCAUCAGCUGGUCUGACUGGUGGGGCAGUAGCAAGUUCCACAUUCGAAAGCUUCGCAUCAAGUCCGGAGAGACUCAGUCCAAGGUGAUUUUCAAUGCUAAGGAAGGAGAGUUCGCCUACCUUGUCAGAGGAGGGGAAGAUGCUGUCUUUGUCAAGUCAAAAGAAGACAAUGCCAGCCGUAAAGAAAGAAAGAUGCACAGGCUCAAAACAAAGGGCAGUCUUUUCAGUGAGAACGACCCUUGAAGUUGGACUUGAAGUCGCCCACUGUGCACAUCAUCCAUAUCUACAUACAUAGCCAAAGAUGGACGGCACACAGCAGCACCAGAAAAGUCCCUGCAAAUAUAAAGGCAACUGAUGAAUAUAGAUUUUUCUUUUUUUUGAUCCUUCCUGAAAUUUUCAUGAACUCCCACUGCAACCAACACAACCUCAUCCACAAGUGCUAGAAUUCUGUCCACUCAUGACCUCUUACAUUGCUUUGCAAAUUGUGCUGCUAAAUAUGUUACUGGUUUCUAUUUGAUGAUGUGCCCCCCACGCCCACAAUUCUACACUUUCAGUAGCUUUUGCUGCUUUGUUAUCAUUGUUUAAGCUUUUAUAUCUCAUAUCUAUUGUUUAUACCACUUUUGAUGUAUUCUGAGCCUCUGAACUGAUGCCUAUGUGAGCUGGGAUUAUUGGUAAUGUAAAAAUGAUUCAUAGUGAUAGGCAUGAUUAAGGCACAUAUCUGUGUGUUUGCUUGUUAAAUGUUCACAUUAAUUUGCUUGUGUCCAAUAUUUGUCUUUAUUUAACCACUAAUGUCCAACAAUCAAAUGGGACCAAAGAAGCAUUUACUAUCUACUGAACGGAGAAUCACAGCAUUCUUUGUAAAUACCUUAAUCAGUCUUUUUUUUUUAAAUAAGAGUUCAGUUUUAAUACCUAAUCUAUUGAAACCUUGUUUUUUGAUUACAACGGUUUUUGUGUCACUGGUCACUUUAAAAGAGUCUCUGUCCCUCAAGCCAUUUAGAUGUCAAAGUUUAUAGAAUUGCACUCUAUUUGCAUUCUGUAGUUUUGGUAAUUAUUCCUCUGAAAAUAAAUGGCAGCCACUCUUUUAAAGAUGCUGAAAUGGCUAAGUCCUCCUUCAAAGGUUUCAUGAAUUGUCAACAGUCUCACCUAAGGCAGUUUACCUCACUGUCUAAGCUCUUCCAACAACAUGUUGUAAUACUGAAAACUCAAGAAAAAACCCAAAACAAAACAUGUAAACCUUUGAAAUUUGUGGUGGACUUGCAAAGUGAUAUCUAUAAUACAUCUCAAGAAAUACUUCACGUUGUAUUUAUUGAUUGUACAUUUAUAUAUUUGUAUAUGAAGCUGUAAUAUAUUUUGGCAGGCUUCCAUUGUUAUCUGUAUUUCAGCAAUUGAAGCAUUUUUUUAUUUUUCAUGGACAAGGCUUUGGAAGCAUCAAUCAGAUUGGACUCAAUGCCAGCUGUUGAGUGCAUUGACUUUGAAGUGAAAUGCAGUGCACUGUUGAAAGAAAGAGCACAGGAAUUGUUUAAUAAAGAGUUAUAAACCAAA